AUGCAAUUACGACCAUUCACAACCACCUCAUUCCGACUAGCUAAACCCGCUGCCCCGGUAAUCAAAUAUUUGGGUCGACCAACAAAUAACCUAUCUGCAGGGCUCGUGGGAUUGGCAAACGUUGGGAAAUCCACAUUUUUUCAAGCCAUCACAAAAUCUACAUUGGGAAACCCAGCCAAUUACCCAUAUGCCACAAUCGAGCCGGAGAAGUCUAUAGUUCAAGUACCAUCUGAUAAAUUGGAUCAUUAUCAGCGAAUAUACAACUCGCAAAAGAAGGUGCCCACGAAUCUAACAAUAUGGGAUAUUGCUGGAUUAACAAGAAAUUCCAGCUCGGGUGCUGGGUUGGGUAACAAGUUCCUCAACGACAUUCGUCAAGUUGAUGGGAUAUUGCAAAUUGUUCGAGGCUUUGUCGAUGACGAGAUCAUACACAUUGAGGACAACAAAGUCGACCCUGUUCGAGAUUUAGUUAUUGUCAAUGACGAAUUGAUUUUGAAGGAUUUGGAAUUUAUCGAGGCUGUGAUGGAAAAGAGUUUAAAGAAUUUGAAGAAACCAAAUCAAGCACAUGAGGCCAAGAAUUUGGAAAUAUUGGAAAAAUUGAGUGAUGGCUUGUACAAUGGGGUCAAGGUGAUUAAUGGCACUUGGACCGAUGAAGAGAUUGACUACAUCAAUGGAUUGAACUUACUAACUGCAAAACCAACGGUGUUUCUAUUGAAUGUAUCAAAGAGUGAUUACUUGUCGGGGAAUAAUCAGUUUCGAAACAAGGUGCAGGACUGGAUUGAUGCACACUCCGGAAAGGACAAGUUAAUCAUGUUUAGUGCUGAAUACGAACAUGCGCUAGAAGAGAACGAGCACCUGAUUAUUCCAACAGUCAUACAAGAGAUGCGCGAUUCGCUUAAUUUGAUCUCGUUUUACACUUGUGGUGAUAUUGAGGCUCGACAAUGGUCCAUCAGGAGAGGAAGCUUAGCCCCCGAUGCAGCUGGAUUGAUCCACACUGACUUGCAAAAGACUUUCAUCAAUUCAAUCGUUUACAAAUGGGACGAUUUGGCACAGUUGGAAGUAUUUGAUGAAGGAAAAUUGAAGCUGACGGGGAAGCAAUAUAGAAAUGGGAAAAAAUACAAAGUGGAGGACGGUGAUGUUCUUGUUAUAAAAGCAGGGAGUGGGAAAGCUAGAUAA